GGUGUUCACGUGGUCCGAUCCCCUUCAUCGUAACGGGACAUGCAGAGAAACGUGCGGUCCUUUUAAAUCGUUUACCCUUUGUUUCUGUGUCACAUGUGGUGGAUUUGCCAAAUGCAUUUCAAAAAUAAGUGUUUCGCAUUGUUAGUGUGGACGGGACUUGCUGGCUUCCCUGUGAGGGGCUCGUCGCCCUGCAAGGCCGUUUCGGUUGGCGGGUAGAUUCGGAGGUUGUCAGCUCGCAUCGAAAUCCUCGAUUUGCAGGUUUGCUGUCGGCUGACAGAUCAGCAGCGAGCAGUGCAAUACUUGUACUCUCUUUCCAAGGAGUCUGUUGAAUAACUGGAAGAAAUAUUGUUCCAGGAUCGAUCAGUUCGCUAGUGACCUGGGAAUUGAACCAUGCAGGUCGGGGCAUCAAGAGGCCGAUGUCAGAACAUCUUUCAAAAGGGCGAAUCUGGUAGGACUCUGAAAACCUGUGUCAACCAACUGGUGGGAGUAUUCAAGGACAUCUUUGAUCUGUCACUGCUGCAUUCGGAGGUUCCCAAGUGCUUCAAAAGGGCAUCAAUCACACCAGUGCCUGUGAAGAGCAGGGUGAGCUGCCUCAACGACUAUCAUCCAUUUGCACUCACGUCUACUGUGAUGAAGUGCUUUGAGAGGUUGGUGAUGGCCAGAAAAAAAUCCUGCCUAAGCAAGGACCUGGACUUUCUGCAAUUUGCCUAUUGUCACAGUAGCUCUACAGUGGAUGCAACCUCACUGCCUCUCCACUCGGCCUUAAACUGCCUGGACAAUGGUAAUACCUCUGUCAGGCUGCUGUUUAUUGGUUACAGCUCAGUAUUCAACACAAUCAUGCCCUCAAUUCUCACCAACAAGCUCCAACACCUGGGCGUCUCUACCUCUGCAACUGGAUCCUUGAUUUCCUCACUGGGAAACCACCAGUCAGUGCAGGUCAGAAAUAACAUCCCCUCCUUGCUGAUAACACUGGCGCACCUCAAGAAUGUGUGCUUAGCCCUGUGCUCUACUCUCACUGCAGCCAUGACUGAGUGGCUAGGCAGAGCUCAAACAGCAUCAGUAAAUUUGCUGAUGACAACUAUGGUUGGCAGAAUCUCAGAUGGUGGUGAGGUGGCAUGUAUGAUUGAGAUAGAUCAGCUGGUUGAGUGGUGUUGCAACAACAACCUUGCACUAAACGUCAGUCAGACCGAGGAAAUGAUUGUGGAGUUCAGGAAGGGGAAGUCGAGGGAACACACACCAGUCCUUAUCGAGGGAUCUGCAGUGGAAAAGGUGAGCGGUUUCAAGAUCCUGGUUGUCAACAUCUCUGAAGAUCAAUCCUGGCUUAACACAUUGAUGCAGUUACGUUGAAGGCAGACCAGCGGCUGGAUUUCAGUGGGAGUUUGAGCAUAUUUGGCAUUUCUACAAAUAUACCAUGGAGAGCAUUCUGAAUGAUGGCAUCACCAUCUGGUAUGGAGGGCUACUGUACAGGAUUGGAAAAAGCUGGUGAGCAUUGUAAACUCAGCCAGCUUCAUCAUGGGCACUAGUUUUCCCAGCAAUGAGGACAUCUUCAUAGGGCAAUGUCUAAAAAAGGUGGCAUCCAUCAUUAAGGACCCUCAUCACCAAGGACAUGCCCUCUUCUUAAUGCUCCGUCAGGAAGGAGGUACAGGACCUUGAAGUCACACACUCAAUGUUUUAGGAACAGCUUCUUUCCCUCCACCAUCAGAUUUCUGAAUGGAAAAUGAACCAUCUCAUGAAUACUAUUUCACAUUUUUGCUCUCUUUUUGCACUGCUUACUUAAUUUUAUUUUUAUAUAUAAAAUAAAUAUAUAUUUCUUAUUGUAAUUUAUAGUUUUUUAUGGGUUGCACUGGACUGCAGCCACAAAAAUAACAAAUGUCAGUGAUCUCAAACCUGAUAUUUGGAUUAGAUUUAAUGCCCAGAUAAUAACUCUGGGGUAUCUUGAAAGUGUGAUAUUCUAUAAACUGUGGGAAACACAGCAGAAAUUGUGCUACAUAUGAUUCGACAUUUUAACACAACCACCUCUUGAUCUUAAACACAAGAGAUUCUGCAGAUGCUGGAAAUCCAGAGCAAAACACACAAAAUGCUGGAAGAACUCAGCAGCUCAGAGAGCAGGGUGGCACGGUAGCAUAGUGGUUAGCACAACAGUACAGGUGAUCUGGGUCCAAUUCCCACCGUUGUCUGUAAGGACUUUGUAUGUUCUCCCCAUGACCACAAGGGUUUCCUCCAGGUGCUCCGGUUUCCUCCCACAGUCCAGAGAUGUGUUGGUUGGUGAGUUAAUUAGUCGUUGUAAAUUGUCCUAUGAUUGGGCUAGGAUUAAAUUAGGGUUUGCUAGAUAGCGUGGAUUGAAGGGUCCCAAGGGCGCUAUACCUCAAUAAAUAAAUAUCAAUGGAGGGGAAUUGAACAAUUGACAUUUUGGGCUGAGACCCUUCAUAAGGACUCACCUCUUGGUCUCAUCAUUUCCAGAUUUGUUGCCAGGUAGGCAGCAGCAGAUAUAAUAACGACACAUAAAGUGUAAUCUCUUAGAAAGGCCAACCACCAAAAAAAAUAGAAUUGGGAGGAGAUUAGAGCUGGAAAAAAAUGAAUAAGUAUUUCAACAGUGGAUUCAGGAUGUUCACUGCCUCCAGUGAUAUAUACCUCGGUGCUGUGAAGCCAGUGGGAUCCUUUCCCCAGUAAAGGAAACUAAAUCCCACCAUAGUUUCAUGAGAAGGAUGGCACAGGAGAUCAGUAGCAGCAGCAUUGCACAAUUCUCUACUGGGUGUGCUUUAAAUAAUGUGACCAGGUAAGGAAAGCAAAGCUGCACAUCUCUUUGUUCUGACCCCUUUGCAGUCCCACCCAGAAGGAGCAUGGAAGUGCCUUCAUUGUCUGGCUCCCUGAAAAGGUAGUUCAUCAAUGGCAAGGACAGCUUGAGCUGGAUAAUAAAUGCUGCCAUUGCUAACAAUGCUCAGAUGAAUGAAUGAAAAAUAAAUCCGAAUGCAACCAGGCUGUUGAUUGUGAGGACAAUUUACCAGGUAUCCUUUAAACAAACCAAAUAUAACAGAUGCGGAAGGUAGAUUUUGUAUGUUGCAAAUCGGAUAAGGAUUAUUCUCUCUUAGCAUCUCUUCAUCUCCUUGUCCUCAAUUUAAAGAGGUCUAACUCAUUUGUAAUAAAUUUUACAUAUGGGUUUUAAAAGUGACACUACAGAAUUUUGACACCUCUCAUCAGAAAUAAAUAUUUCCUUGACUUUAAAGGGACGUGAGUUUCAUAAAAAUGACCCCUUGGCUUUAUUUAUGUAGAGUAAUCAAUCAAAUCAGGUCACAUUUCUUUCAAACAGAGGAGGAUAUCAAAAUCAAAGUAAAUUUAUUAUCAAAAUAUGUCUAUAUCACCAUAUACAACCCUGAGGUUCGCUGAGAAGUGACAAGUAUUUUCAAGAUUAUGAUCAAGUAAAUCAGGGAAAUACAGAUUAGCAAACAAUGUUCAUUCAUGUUGUACCGAUCCCAGCCUGGUCAUUAAAACUUCAAAACUGGUAGAUUGCUUGUGGUUCCUGGAUCCAGCAUCUGUAUUCCCUUAUGUCCAGAUGUAGUAAAUUUUUAAGUCAUUAUCAGCAGGAGAGAAAAAGAAACUACGUCAAUCGGAAAAAAAAUUACUUACGUGAUUAGGUUACAGAAUGAUUAGGUUACAAAAAACAGGAAGGAACAAUGCAUGGUCAUUUUUAAAAUUAAUAUGAAAAAAUACAUGGUAAAGAAAGAGCUGUGGAAAAUAUUAGGGCAAUGGAAUUGAGCUAUUGGAGAUCUGUCAUAGGGGUCAAUGUCUGUAAAAGAUUAUAAAAGGGUGCUUUAGAAGCUUUAAAUCAUUUAAUGGAGUCUGCAAACACAUAUCUAGUGUGCCACAGAGUAAUUCCAAACAUAUCCAUUCUACAGACAAGAAAGCUUCAAUCACUUGCCCCUUUUCUUAGUGAAAAUUCAUGUUACAGUGACAAUCUUUGUAAUUUAUUAGUGAUGUUGCUGGUCUAAAGAUUCAAAAUUCAAGAUUUUUCAUUGUCAUUCUUCAAUACACAAGUGCAGAGGAGAACGAAAUGACUGUUACUCUGGAUCUGAUGCAGCAUUGAAAAAAAACACAAGGAUAAAGAACAGUAAAAAAUAUCACAAUAAAUAUAAAUAUAAAACACCAUGUACAAGUAACUGCUGUAUGCAUAGACUGAUUGUACGUACUUAAAGUGAUGGUAGGUGAUGUGUAUGUAGUGAUGGUGGGCUGGGUUACAGGUGAGCCCAUUCAUAAAGAUAAAGCCGUGGCUUUGUACCGGCCAUAGCAAUAAUCACUAACCUGCCUUGUAGUCUUGAUCACUACUUUUGACUACUUGGCCUGACUACUCAGCCUGACCACUGUUAUAUCCUUUGUACUAAUUCCUACACUGACAACUUCAUUGGCCACUUAUAUUGUCACUGUUCUUUCCAUUCAUCAAAUCACCUGUGCCGUCUACAAUGAUUAAUUACUGAACUGACCACUUGAAAUGGCCACCAGGUCUGACCAGAAUACUGAUUUCUCAUCAUGUCCUCUGCAUGAUCACUGCACUGUCCUUACUUACAAAUCUUGACACACUUUUGAUAGGUACAUGGAGCUUAGGAAAAUAGAGGGCUAUGGGAACCCUAGUAAUUUCUAAGGUAGGGACCUGUUCGGCACAACUUUGUGGGCCGAAGGGCCUGUAUUCUGUUGUAGGUUUUCUAUGUCGCUAAUUUUUCACAAUCACUAUCGCAAGGCCUGCUGCUGAGCUACAGAAAUAGUCCACAGUCUAAAUGAUUGUUAUCAGAGCAACCAGGUUAAUACUUUGAGCUCUUAAGGCACUGAGACCCUUCCAAAUCUGUACAAGUCAUACACAGGGCAGAUGUAAUGGAUUGAUGCAAUCUGUUGCCUAGGCUGACCCUUAAUUGGACUUUCUCUGAACUAUAUUUAGAUGGGAUUUAAUAUAAAUUGGUUAGAGUCUUAAAACUAUUCAUCUGGUUAAUGAAUUGAUGACUAUAUAUAUUGCAGGAAUCAUUCAAGCAUUACCAGAGUUUCAGCUGUACAAAGCUAGUACUUUGAUAUCCUGGUAACGGCUUUCUUUAUUGAAAUGAAUGAAGAUAAAGAUAGUCACGUGGAUUUGACAGAAAUUCUUUUAAAUUCCUGUGGACGUUUUACCUUCAAAAGAUGUUUAGCUUGCAAGGUCAACAUCUGAGUUUUAACUCUCAUCUUCAAUUUCAAAUGCAAAAUAAUCCCCCAUCUGUUUCAUUAUACCAUCCAGUUGUCUGUUAAGCAAUGCCAGCAUUUUUACCUGUCAUCUUCUGUUUACCAGCCUAUACACACAUUAACCACUGCUGUAGUAAUCUAUGCUUACAUUAUCUUUGCAUUGGUUAAAUCUGUUUACCUUUUUAUGCAGCAUACUUUUAGUGAAAUACUGGAGCUUUACAGAAUCCUUAUAGGAAUCAGGUUUAUUGUCACAGACGUAUGUUGUGAAAUUUGUUGUUUUGUGGCAGUAGUACAAUGCAAGACAUAAAAAUUAAUAUAAGUUACAAAAAAUAAAUAAGUAAUACAAACGAGAUAGUGUUUAUGUGUUCAUGGACCAUUAUGAAAUCAGGUAGUAGAGGGGAAGAUAUUCUUCCUAAAUGUUGAGUGUUAGUCUUCAGGCUCCUGUAUCUCCUCCCCAUCUCUCCGGGAUGGUGAGAGUCCUUAAUGAUGGAUGCUGCCUUCUUGUGGCAACAUCUCUUGAAGAUGCCCUCACUGGUGGGGACGGAUGUGUCCUUUAUGGAAUGAUGCCUAUCAGUCAUUUAGCCCCCUGAACAAAUUCUCAUUUUCCACCCCUCUUAAACAUGAGGCUAUCUCGAACUCCACUGUCUGCGUUUACACAUCCAGUCCAUCCCUCCCCUAAGUUCAUAGGGCUGCACUGGCUCUUCAAUAAACUCGCCCUCAUUUUACCUCCCCCCCCCCAUAGCCUCACCCACUUUAAGCACUGUAAUUAUCUCCAGCUGAUUGUUGCUGCUGCUAUUUUUCUAUCUCUUCUCCUAACUCAGAUCCCUGCCUAUCACUGUCACAUUUGACAGAGAAGUAUAAUACAAAAGUACCUAUCCACACACACAAGUGGUAUUGAAAUGACAGAUACAUUUAAAAAGGAUUUGAGGGACCCCAGCCAAUGGAAAGUUACACGUGGCCACUCAGUGCAGAGCAACAAGUGGUGAAGCAUAUGAUCUGAUCAGUUUCACGCCCAUGUAUGGUUGCCUCAACGUAUCUUCUGCAGUCUACCACUCUUUUCUAUUCACCAAUAGCUUUUCCUGAUCCAAUCAUGAUGAUGUCAUAGCCAAGAAAGCUGAAGAACGCCUCUGUACCUUGAGAAAGCUCAAGAACGUCUCUAUCCUUUGAAAUUUAACAUGUCCUUAUUGAUUCUUACCAAUUUUUAUCAAUGCACCAGGGAGAGCAUUCUGAUUGGAUGCACAGUGGCAUGGUGUGGCAAUUGCUCAGCCCAUGACUGCGAGAAACUGCAGAGUUGUGGACAUCGCUCAGCACAACACGGACACCAGCCUUGCUCUAUGAACUCUGUCUAUACCUCUCACUACUUCAGUAAAGCAGCCAGCAUAAUCAAGUACCCUACCCCCCCCCCCCCAGGGCAUUCUCUUUUCUGCCCUCUCUAAUUGGGCAGAAGAUGCAAAAACUUGAAAGCGUGUACCACUAGGUUCAGGAACAACUUCUAUCCUACUAUUAUAAGAAUGGUUCCCUAGUACAUUAAAAUGGACCCUUGACCUCACAAUCUAACUCGUUAUGACUUGCACCUUGCUGUCUACCUGCACUGCACUUUCUCUGUAACUGUAACACUUUAUUUUGCAUUCUGCUAUUAUUUGACUUUGUACUAUCUCAAAGCAGCUUUGCAUUGAAUCGAUCUGUAUGAAUGUUAUGCAAGACAAAUUUCCACUGUACCUCAGUACAUGUGACAAUAAUAAACCAAUAUUGAUACCAUUCACCACUUGUUUCAGUUGUUUUCUAGCCCAUUUCCUUUCUCUUUUCACUCCUGGUGCUCCUGUUCCCCAGA